UAGGAAAGCUAUAUUGGUAUUCUUAAAAUAAAAUGAUAGAUAUAGGACAAAAAUUUAAAACAAAAAGUCAGGAGUAGCUGUAGGAGUAGGAGAACUAACUAGUAAUCUCCGCCCCGCCAUUAAACUAGUCUCUCUAGUCUCUAGGUCUUCCCUCCCCUCCCAAUUCCUCUCUCUCUCUCUCUCUCUCUCUUCUGGCGACUGUGCUUUCACAUUUCUCUCGCAGAUUCUCAAUGGCCGCAACUAUUGCCUUCAACGUUGUCGGAGCUCCGGCUAAACUUUCAGCCUCAUUUCGCUGCUCUUCUCCUCUCAUCGGUGGCCUUAGAUCGUCGACUCAGCUUCAUCCUGGUCUUUCUUUCCAACGCACACCUUCAUUAUCAUUUUCAUCCUCUGGUAUCAGGGCUCAGGUUGCAGCCGUAGAGCAAUCGAAUGCUGCUUCUGUAGCUAAGAAUUUGGAGGGACCUGUGGUUGUUGUCACUGGGGCUUCGAGAGGGAUCGGUAGGGCAAUUGCUCUUGCUUUGGGCAAAUCUGGUUGUAAGGUACUUGUAAAUUAUGCGAGGUCAUCAAAGGAGGCUGAAGAAGUUUCCAAGGAGAUUGAGGCACAUGGCGGUCAAGCUCUUACCUUUGGUGGUGACGUCUCAAAAGAAGAAGAUGUAGAGUUGAUGAUCAAAACUGCAGUUGAUGCAUGGGGAACAGUUGAUGUCUUGAUCAAUAAUGCAGGAAUAACUAGGGACGGUUUAUUGAUGAGAAUGAAAAAAAACCAGUGGCAAGAUGUGAUUGAUCUAAAUCUUACCGGUGUCUUUCUUUGCACACAGGCUGCAGCUAAAAUAAUGAUGAAAAAGAGAAAGGGGAGAAUUGUGAAUAUAGCAUCUGUUGUCGGUCUGGUUGGAAAUGCUGGUCAAGCGAACUACAGUGCUGCAAAAGCUGGUGUGAUUGGUUUCACGAAGUCCGUUGCAAAAGAAUAUGCAAGCAGGAACAUUAAUGUUAAUGCUGUGGCCCCUGGUUUUAUUGCAUCUGAUAUGACAGCAGAACUUGGAGAAGAGGUAGAAAAAAAGAUCUUGGGGAGCAUUCCCCUAGGACGAUAUGGUCAACCUGAGGAAGUAGCUGGACUGGUAGAAUUCUUGGCACUUAACUCCGCGGCUAGUUAUAUUACUGGACAGGUACAAUCCUUUACUUGUAGCCAAAAGGAAAAAUAGUUUGUGUGGAAAAGGUGAUAUGUAUUUGUGUUCUUUCAUUUUAGGUCUUUACAAUUGAUGGUGGAAUGGUGAUGUAAAGCCGGAGUUCAGCACUGUUGCCAGUUUCAAGAACAAUUCUCUUUCAUAUAAUAGGUCUUUUUUGUUUAGUUUCACUGUUGAUAAGUUCUUGUUUCUGCUGAAUAAAUUACAUAAGAUAGGAGAGGAUAUUUUGUUCUGUUUUUGAGGGGAUUUUAUUUUUGUAUGCUUUAUUUUGAACUAAUAUGGGUUUUAAGGCAAAUAUUCUAUGGAAACAUCAAAUACAAAAGGAAAAGAAAGCCUUUACUAAGUUAA